AUGUUGGGAAUCAACGGCUCUUUGCUUGGGAGGAUGAUCUGUUUCUGUCUCUGGUGGUUCUUUGCUUCCACGGUGGUGGUGGUUGUUACGGCGUCGGAUGAGAAGACAGUGGUGCAGAGAGAGCUUAAUCAGACGCCCACUUGGGCUGUUGCUGGUGUCUGCACCUUCUUCAUCGUUGUCUCCGUUGUUCUUGAAAAGCUGAUUCACAAAGUUGGAACGGUUCUAUGGGACCGUCACAAGAAAGCUCUUCUCGAUGCCUUGGAGAAGAUCAAAUCAGAGCUGAUGGUGCUUGGAUUCAUCUCAUUGCUUCUUACAUUCGGAUCAAGCUACAUUUUGAAGAUUUGUAUCCCUUCGCAUGUUGCUCACACCAUGCUCCCAUGCCCUGCUCCUGCUCCCCUUGAAAAGGAGGAAGAUGAUAGAGGAGAAGGCCAUAGGAAGCUCUUGUGGUUUGAGCACAGGCUCCUAUCAGAAACAUCUUCCACAAAGUGCAAAGAGGGUUAUGAGCAGCUUAUCUCCAGCGAGGCGCUUCAUCAGUUGCAUAUACUCAUAUUCUUCUUAGCUAUUUUUCAUGUUGUUUACAGCUUCUUGACCAUGAUGCUUGGGAGGUUAAAGAUUCGAGGAUGGAAACACUGGGAGAAAGAGACAUCAUCCCAUCACUACGAGUUUUCUACAGAUACUUCUAGAUUUAGGCUCACACACGAAACGUCUUUCGUGAGAGAGCACACUAGCUUCUGGACUAGGAUUCCAUUCUUCUUCUAUGUAGAAUGUUUUUUCAGACAAUUUUUCAGAUCUGUCGGAAGAACAGACUACUUGACAUUGAGAAAUGGAUUCAUAGCUGUUCAUCUUGCUCCAGGGAGUCAGUUCAACUUCCAGAAGUAUAUUAAAAGAUCCUUGGAGGAUGAUUUCAAGUUGGUCGUCGGAGUCAGCCCUGUCCUGUGGGCAUCUUUUGUCCUUUUCCUACUCCUAAAUGUUGAAGGCUUCAAGAUCUUGUACAUCGGAUCUGCACUGCCGGUUAUCAUAAUCUUAGCUGUAGGGACAAAGCUUCAAGCCAUCAUGACAAGGAUGGCUCUUGGGAUCACGGAUAAACACGCAGUGGUUCAAGGAAUGCCACUUGUACAAGGCAACGAUGAGUACUUCUGGUUCCGUCGUCCCCAGUUGAUUCUCCAUCUCAUCCAUUUCGCCUUGUUUCAGAACGCGUUUCAGAUCACAUACUUCUUCUGGAUAUGGUAUUCCUUUGGGAAAAACUCUUGCUACCAUCCUGACUUCAAGAUCGCCCUUGUAAAAGUAGCCAUAGCUCUUGGAGUCUUAUGCCUUUGCAGCUACAUCACACUCCCUCUUUACGCACUCGUUACUCAGAUGGGUUCACGGAUGAAGAAAUCUGUAUUCGACGAACAAACAUCAAAGGCGCUCAAGAAAUGGAGAAUGGCCGUGAAGAAGAAGAAAGGCGGGAAAGCUAGCAUCACCACCAAGAGACUAGGUGGAGACGGAAGCGUGAGCCCUACGGCAUCAACGGUUAGGUCUUCUCUGUCCAUAAGGUCAUUGCAGCGCUACAAAACCACAGGGCAUUCGAUGAGAUACGAAGGACUUGACCCUGAAACAUCGGAUCUCGACACAGACAACGAAGCUUUGACUCCGCCAAUGUCUCCAGCCAUGCCAGCGGCUCAAGGUAUUGAGCUUGCGGUGAAGGUUGAGCAAGAUAAACUAGAGACCAAGACUGGUGAGACUAGCCGUGACGGUGAAAAUCAUUCCAAGGAGUUCUCCUUUGUCAAGCCUGCACCGCGUAAAGAACCAUCGCAAGACCGGUGAGACUAGCCGUGUGACGAUGAUAGUGUUUCCCAUAUAGUUCUAGUUUGCCAAGCCUCUCUUGAGUUUAGAGCAAUUGCAGUAAAGAGUGGUUUACUGAGGAUAUUUAUUUAUCUAAAUGCUUUUGUAAAUCAAUGCCGUGGUGACGAAGUAAAGUAUUGACGACCAUAUUUAUUAAGUAAGGUUUUUGUGUUUGC